GCUUGGCACCGCGGCUGGUCUGCCGCAGCCCCCUACUCCGCAUCUGCCGAGCCCUCCCGGGUCCGGGCGCUGGUCUAUGGGCAUCACGGGGACCCAGCCAAGGUCGUCGAUUCAUAUGGCAUCACAGGUGUACAGCCUUGGCCUCAAAGGAGCCAUUGUGAUCUUAUCCAGUCUGGGAUCUGUUGAGUGAAGACAGUGGCAUCCCUCCGAGUUGCCUGGCGCCAUUACACACACAGGGGAAGGCCGUGAACCGUCCCGGGGAAGUGACUUGAGAUCUAGCCAGACUGUGUUUGGGUGCCUCAUUUGCACUCCAGAACAGAGCCACCGGUUCCUUUGGCUGAAGAACCUGGAGCUAGCUGCUGUGGGCGGAUCAGACGUCCAUGUGAAGAUGCUGGCAGCCCCUAUCAAUCCAUCUGACAUAAAUAUGAUCCAAGGAAAUUAUGGCCUCCUUCCCAAGCUCCCUGCCGUUGGAGGGAACGAAGGCGUUGGACAGGUGGUAGCAGUGGGCGGCAGUGUGACUGGGGUGAAGCCAGGAGACUGGGUGAUUCCAGCCAAUGCCGGUUUGGGAACCUGGCAGACGGAGGCUGUGUUCAGUGAGGAAGCAGUGAUCAGCAUUCCAAGUGACCUCCCUCUUCAGAGUGCCGCCACCCUGAGUGUCAAUCCCUGCACGGCCUACAGGAUGUUGAUGGACUUUGAGCAGCUGCAGCCAGGAGACUGUGUCAUCCAGAAUGCAUCCAACAGUGGAGUGGGGCAAGCAGUCAUCCAGAUCGCUGCAGCCCUGGGCCUGAGGACCAUCAAUGUGGUCCGAGACAGACCUGACUUCCAAAAGCUGACUGACAGACUGAAGAGUCUGGGGGCCGAGCACGUUCUCACAGAAGAGGAGCUAAGGAAGCCUGAGAUGAAAAACUUCUUUAAGGACAUGCCCCCGCCGCGGCUUGCUCUCAACUGUGUUGGCGGGAAAAGCUCCACAGAACUGCUGCGACACUUAGCGCCUGGGGGAACCAUGGUGACCUACGGGGGAAUGGCCAAGCAGCCUGUCAUAGCCUCUGUGAGCCAGCUCAUUUUUAAGGAUCUCAAACUUCGAGGCUUUUGGUUGUCCCAGUGGAAGAAGGACCACAGUCCAGCCCAGUUCAAGGAGCUGAUUCUCACGCUGUGUGGUCUCAUCAGCCGAGGCCAGCUCACAGCCCCUGCCUGCUCCGAGGUCCCACUACAGGACUACCAGCGUGCCUUGGAAGCCUCGAUGCAGCCCUUCGUGUCUUCAAAGCAGAUUCUCACCAUGUGCUAAUCACAGAGGAGCCAGAGCGAGGUGGGAGGGGAGACGGAUCAGCCGGACUGGUUUCUGGCGCCUCGGUCAGGGCCCCCUCAGCCUUCUGUAGGCCGUCCUCUCUUCCAACUGGGAGGGUUGUGCAGCCAGCCAAGGCUUGCCCCAGGGCCAGCCCCAGGGUGUCUAAUAAAGUGAACUUCCGAAAAACAAACACAUACAAA